AUGCUCUCAACCUACAAUCUCCUUGUGCGAGCAAUUCAUCUUUCCCAAUGUUUCGAUGAAGGCGUUAGCUUUCUGCCGCUUCAGUCCCUCUCGCGUGUCCUCACGUUGUGUCAUUCUGAAACCGACCAGAAGCAAUCAACUAAGAAGUGGCCGCAAUGGCGUUGGGCAAGUGUGCUGGGGUUACAGUGCACGCGAAAAGUAUAG